AUGCUAUCCGCUGAUUUCCUAAAACGUUCAGUAACAAAAAUAUCACAUUUGUUGUUUGCUUACUAUACUCUUAAUGCUAAUAAAACAGAAGAAAAUAUACACUUAAUACAAGAAUUAUAUUCAAAAACACGAAAAAUUGAUGAAUUGAAUAUGAUGACAGCUGAAUUAGAAGCAGCAUUAGAGUAUAUGAUACAAAAAUUAGAAGAAGUAUCAAGUAUGCGUAUGCAACUAGAUCGAAAUUUAGAAGAUACAAAUGGUAUACGUCGUAAAUUUGAUUUGUCCGUACGUGAUAUAAAACGUUUGCAAGAUGAUUUAUUAACAGUGACACGUGAAAAUCAAGUAUAUAACGAGCAUUCUUUAUUAAUUCUUUAA